AUGCAUAAACUGAUUCUUUGCUGUCUCAUUAUCGUCAGCUUCUCCUGUCCUCUCUUGUCUCUCCCCAUCAUCAAUGCCAGUGAGAUGUCUUAUCAACACUCAGCUGAUGAAGAUUCAAGGUUAAACCUGGAGAGGCUGGGCAGCCUUGGAAGCACCUCCCUGCUCCAGUUCCUGCCAGAGCUCCUGGGCACACUGACUGAGGACAGCAAAGCAGGUCUUACUCCCAGCAACUACAACCCAGGGGAAAAUAUUAAAGAGACUUUCUAUGGGAAUCCUCCUCGAAUUGCUUUGCUGGGACGCUUCCUGACCAAGGACAGGAAACAGUACAAGAAACGUGGGAAUCUUUCUGAGUGCUUCUGGAAAUAUUGUGUGUAA